GGACCGGAAGGUGCUCAACGGACGCGGCAGAGGGAAUAUGGCGGCCGCCGUGGAGAGCUCACGAGGGCAGGAGGCAGUGGGCGAGGAGGCGGCCAGCGAUUCUGAGAUAAGCUCAGGACUUCCAGAUGACAGCUACUCUUCUGGGGAUGAAGCCUUGGAUGGAGAUGAUGAGGAUGAAGCAGCAGUUGCUGGACAUGUGGCUGAAGAGACAGCAAAUACCAAAGCUGGUCCAGGUUCAGGCUGGGCAGAUGCCAUGGCAAAAGUACUCAACAAAAAGAUACCACAAAAUAAGUCCAUCAUCUUGGCCAAGAAUAAAAAACUGGAGAAGGAGAGAGAAAAGGAGAAACAGGAAAGACUGGAGAAGAGAAGGAAGCUCGAUAAAAAGCGGGAGUGGGAAAUGAUGUGCCGAGUGAAGCCAGAUGUUGUCAAAGACAGAGACAGAGAGAGAAAUCUUCAGAGAAUUGCAACAAGAGGUGUAGUGCAGUUGUUUAAUGCUGUCAGGACACACCAAAAGAAUGUUGACGAGAAGGUGAAGAAAGGUGCGAGAUCUGAAAGACAACGUGCUAAACUGCUGUCAUCUGUUUCAAAGAAAGAUUUCAUCAAUGUUUUAAGAAGCAUGGACGGUGCUAAAGGAAACCAUAACUCUGAUAGAAAGACUGCAAAAAGUAAACAGGGUGAAGUGAAGUCUGAAGAGGGACCAGAAUGGAAUAUACUGCGUGAUGACUUCAUGAUGGGAGCAUCUAUGAAAGACUGGGAUAAGGAAAGUGAUGGAGAGGGCAGUAUGGAACAAGGAGGUGGUUUAAAACAGGAAGAUGACAGUGACUGAAUGAAACUGAAAGCAUUUCAAGAUACUUUACCUUUCUUUGUUUGGAAUAAAAAUCAACAUUCUGUGAAUGUA